AGUGAGCGUUUAUCGCUGUGGUACACAGACACACACAGGCCACUGUUAAUUAGUGUUAGUCCGCACAGCCAGCAACGAUGUCCCUGGUUUGCUUCAGCCGAAAUGUUCUGGGUUUUAGGAAUUCUGGCAUGAUGGUGAUGGUGCGCUACGCUCAGACUGCUGCCGCUCCGGCUCCUGAACCCAGGAUGAAGAAGUUCCAGGUCUACCGCUGGGAUCCAGACACCCCGGGAGACAAACCCCGCAUGCAGACGUACGAAGUAGACCUGAACACGUGUGGCCCAAUGGUUCUGGACGCCCUCAUCAAGAUCAAGAAUGAAAUGGACCCCACGCUCACGUUCAGACGUUCCUGCCGUGAAGGUAUCUGCGGCUCAUGUGCCAUGAACAUAAACGGGGGCAACACACUGGCGUGCCUUAAUAAAAUCGACGCGAAUACCAGCAAACCCACUAAAAUCUACCCCCUGCCACACAUGUACGUCGUCAAAGAUCUGGUGCCUGAUAUGAGCAACUUUUACGCACAGUACAAAUCCAUCGAGCCUUACCUGAAGAAGAAGGAUGGCACUAAGGAGGGGAAGGAGCAGUAUUUGCAGUCAGUGGAGGACAGGCAGAAACUGGACGGCUUGUACGAGUGCAUCCUCUGUGCCUGCUGCAGCACCAGCUGUCCGAGCUACUGGUGGAAUGGAGACAAAUACCUGGGACCUGCUGUCCUCAUGCAGGCAUACCGGUGGAUGAUAGACUCCCGUGACGACUUCACCGAGGAGCGAUUGUCUAAACUUCAGGACCCCUUCUCCCUGUACCGCUGCCACACUAUCAUGAACUGCACCAAGACUUGCCCCAAGGGUCUCAACCCAGGAAAGGCCAUAGCAGAAAUCAAGAAAAUGAUGGCGACUUACAAGGAGAAGAAAGCAGCGGCUUUAUGAACAACUGUUAGCAAAAAUGGCUCUAGAAUAACUUCUGACACCUGAAACUGGACUGGGAGAAGGAGAAGAGCCGACCUCAAACCUUCUGCUACAUUAGCACAUUUUAAGACUUUGAUGAAUGUCUGUUGUGUGGGUGGAUUUCUGAGUGUGAAUGUUUAAGGGAAAUAAAACAGUAAAAGAAAACUGGUCAUCACAUAUAUAUUGUGUGUUUCAACAUUGUGGACCAUCGCUUUGCUAAUUGUGUGUAACCAGAAAACAGUAGGUUUGCAUGAUGUUGUAUUUAGUCUGGCAAUCGUAAGUUAUGUAUUCAGGAACUACUUGUGGAGCUCAUAAUGGUUAAUCGUAAAGACGCUUUCUUGGAUGUGGUUCCAAUCCAAGCUGAAAUAAAUAUCUUGAAGGACACAGUGAGAUAGAAAUGUUUUCUGGACAUAAUGAACAAUGGAUCCACUGAAGUCUAUCAUUACUUUGCUGUGCUGGGAGAAAUAAAGGUU